AUAAAAAAAUACAUGUCAAAUGAUUUUCGAAAAGCUAUGUAAAUUUCAUUAAAAUCCGUGUGUAACAUCUUGGAGAUGUCCGUUGUUAGUGUAAGGGCAGAAUGCAGAGGACAGGAUGAGUAAGAAGGUACAGAACACUAGAUGAGUAGGCGUUUGGAAAGUGUAAAUGGGAUGUUUGUCGCCGGGUGAUUCAAUGUAUUUAUGAAGUGAUAGAAUAUCUUUGUUGUCGAUGAGUUAGUCUCACAAUAAUAUUUGUAGGUCUAAUCGAUAGAUGACGCAACGCGAGUUGUCUAAUUUACAGAUUUUGUAAUUCCACUAAUCCCCGUUUAUACAUCGGCUCUUCAAUCGAUUCGGAGGUAAACAAAAACGGAACAGUCCCCUUGCAAAUGUAAAAGUUGUGGAGAAUCACGUCUUCUACCCAUUUCUGGGAGUCACAUUAAUUCUGAGACAUUCCGUAUGGUCAGUAAUACGAUAUAAAAUUGGUAGGCACUAGUGGAGUUAUGUGAAUCAGUCCACAACUGUUUCAAUUAUUCUCUUAAGUUAUUCUCCCUUACCGAACAUGGCAGUAUCCGCGAAAAGUUUAAACGAAAACAUUCGAUUGCUGCCUUAUUAGUUUGCUAAAAGAAUAGUGGUGUACCUCUUCACUGCUCGUUUACAAACGUUUGUUUGGCUCGUUUAGUUUGCACGUACCCUUAGGUUAAGUAACGCAACAUGUUUUUACGUUUUUUAAUAGAGGGGGUUAAUCAACAGUUAAAAUGCUUUGUGUAAUUGUAAGUGCGCCAAUGAAAAGUAGUGAUAAUAAUUGUUGUACUUGUUACUGCUGUGUUGUUGAGUGCAAUAAUUCUAAAAAAAAUAAUUCGAAAUUGGAAUGUUAUAUGUUUCCUGGUCGAUCGUAUGAAAGUGAAAGAAAGAAAGGUGGAUAAAUGUCAUACGACGCUUGUUUAUUUCAGGACAGACUGCUACGCGUAUAUCCGCACAAAAUAUAUAACUUCCCAGGACGCUGGGAAGGGAAAAAAAUACACGGAGUGGGAAAGGGAGUGACGUUUCCCGAAAUCGGGAAUUCCCGCUUUCCCCUGCCAGCGGUCAUCCAGCCCAAACUGUUAACCGGUGACCCAUCCGGCAAUUGGCCUACAAAUUACCGUAACAGUAAUCCCAAGGAUCGCCUCAACUUUUUAAACUACAUGGAACCAAAAAAAAGAAAUACAACUACGCCAACCUCGGGCUCAAUGUGCAUACCAAAUCGUAAAACGGACAAGUAAUGGUUCCUUGGUCUUUUAUUGCUGCUAUG